AUGGCUGAAGAUGCAGCCAGUGGUGGUUGGAGCACCAUCGAGUCCGACGAGGGCGUCUUCACCUCUCUGAUCGAACAGCUGGGGGUCAAGGAUGUGCAGGUUGAAGAACUAUUCUCACUCAACGCAGAUUGGAUCCGAGCUUUGAGUCCUGUAUACGGGGUCAUCUUCCUCUUCAAAUGGAUCGGCCAUGGAUCGGAAAAUAAAGGGGCGCCUCAAGAUGGCUCGUACGAUCGGGCCGCAGUCGAGGACGAGGGACUCUUCUUCGCCGCCCAGACGAUACAGAACGCCUGUGGCACGCAGGCGGUCCUCUCGGUGGUUUUGAACAAUGACCAGUCUGUUGAUGCCUCUUCGUCAGGCGCAGAUGCGUCGGGAGCAAGACUUGACAUUGGGCCUGCGCUACAAGAGUUUAAAGACUUCACGACGGGCUUUGACGCAGCGCUACGGGGAGAGUCGCUCUCAAACUCGGAAAUGAUACGGACUGUCCACAACAGCUUCGCGAAAUCUAGUCCCUUUGUUGACGAGACUCUGCACGACCCCCGCGCGGCGACGUCGGAGGACGUGUUUCACUUCAUCGCUUACACAUGCUAUCAUGGCAAAUUGUACGAACUCGACGGGCUCCAGCCCUAUCCUAUCUCUCACGGUGACUGCACCCCCGACGAAUUCCCGGACAAGAUAAUGACUGUAUUGCAACGGAGGAUUUCAAGAUAUCCCGAAGACGAGAUCCGGUUCAACCUCAUGGUCGUGUGUCAGGACCAGAGGAUCAAGUGGCAGCAACUCCAGGACCCCGGCAUGCUUGCAGAGGAGGAACGAAAGCGCGAAAAGUGGGACUUUGAAAAUACGCUCCGGCGACACAACUUUGUUGGAUUCACGGAAGAAGUGCUCAAGACGGUGGUCAAGAUGAAGAUUCAAGAUGGCUCCUAUGAUGCCUGGAUAGAGCAGGGCAAACAGGCGACUGAGAAGAGAGUGAGGGAGAAAAUGGGCAAGGCUGGUGCCUGA